CCUUUUUUUUUUUUUUUUUUUUUUUUUCGCAAUUUCCACUCGCGGGGAGCAGGAAACCCGGCGCAGCCGGGCGCAGCGGGCCGCGAUGCAGCAGCAGCAACAGCAGCAACAGCAGGAAUCACCCCGGGGCAGCAGCGGCAGCAGCAGCAGCAGAGGCAGCAGCGGGCGGCGCUGAGCCGCCGCCGCCGUCGCUACUGAGGAGAAAGCCGGCCCAGCCGCCGCCGCGUUCGGACCCCUGCGCCCCGAGCCCUGAUCCCGGAGCCCGACCCCCGCGCCCGCCUCCGCCAACUUUCACGCUGCCUCGGCGGCCCGGCCCGGCUCGACGCCAAUGGUGGAGGCCAUAGUGGAGUUUGACUACCAGGCCCAGCACGACGAUGAGCUGACGAUCAGCGUGGGUGAGAUCAUCACCAACAUCAGGAAGGAGGAUGGAGGCUGGUGGGAGGGACAGAUCAACGGCAGGAGAGGUUUGUUCCCUGACAACUUUGUAAGAGAAAUAAAGAAAGAGAUGAAGAAAGACCCUCUCUCCAGCAAAGCUCCAGAAAAACCCAUGCACGAAGUAUCCGGUGGAAAUGUUUUGCUGUCUUCCGAAACAAUUCUAAGAACCAAUAAGAGAGGCGAGCGACGGAGGCGCCGCUGCCAGGUGGCAUUCAGCUACCUGCCCCAGAACGAUGACGAGCUCGAGCUGAAAGUGGGCGACAUCAUAGAGGUAGUAGGAGAGGUAGAAGAAGGAUGGUGGGAAGGCGUUCUCAAUGGAAAGACUGGAAUGUUUCCUUCCAACUUCAUCAAGGAGCUGUCGGGGGAAUCGGAUGACCUGGGCAUUUCCCAGGAUGAGCAGCUCUCCAAGUCAAGGCCUGAAGCUCUCCUCCCUCCAGCUUCUCUGCUGCCCUUUCCAGCUCAUGGAGCAAAAGGAAAGACUACCUUUGAAGGGACAAUUCUGUACCGAGCUGCACCGGGCAAGACGGAGGGCCACAGACGCUAUUACAGUUUAAGGGAAACCACAGGCUCCGAGAGUGAUGGGGGUGACUCGAGCAGUACCAAAUCCGAAGGUGCCAACGGGACAGUCGCAACCGCAGCAAUCCAGCCGAAGAAAGUUAAGGGAGUGGGCUUUGGAGAUAUAUUCAAAGACAAACCAAUAAAACUAAGACCAAGGUCGAUUGAAGUAGAGAAUGACUUUCUACCGGUGGAGAAGACAAUUGGAAAGAAGUUACCUCCAACCACGGCAACUCCAGACUCGUCAAAACCAGAAAUGGACGGCCGGACAAAGACCAAGGAUUACUGCAAAGUAAUAUUUCCAUAUGAGGCCCAGAAUGACGAUGAAUUGACAAUCAAAGAAGGAGAUAUAGUCACUCUCAUCAAUAAGGACUGCAUCGACGUGGGCUGGUGGGAAGGAGAGCUCAACGGCAGACGAGGAGUGUUCCCCGAUAACUUCGUGAAGUUACUUCCACCUGACUUUGAAAAGGAGGGGAAUAGACCCAAGAAGCCACCUCCUCCAUCCGCUCCUGUCAUCAAGCAAGGGGCAGGUACCACUGAGAGAAAACAUGAAAUUAAAAAAAUACCUCCUGAAAGACCAGAAACACUUCCAAACAGAACCGAAGAAAAAGAAAGACCAGAGAGAGAGCCAAAACUGGAUUUACAGAAGCCUUCCGUUCCUGCCAUCCCGCCAAAAAAGCCCCGGCCACCCAAGACCAAUUCUCUCAGCAGACCGGGUGCGCUGCCCCCCAGGAGGCCUGAACGACCAGUGGGUCCCCUGACCCACAGCAGGGGUGACGGUCCAAAGAUUGACUUGGUGGGCAGUUCGAUAUCCGGCAUCCUGGACAAGGAUCUCUCGGACCGCAGCAAUGACAUUGACCUAGAAGGUUUUGACUCUGUGGUAUCAUCUACUGAGAAACUCAGUCACCCAACCACAAGCAGACCAAAAGCUACGGGGAGGCGGCCUCCGUCUCAAUCCCUCACAUCCUCUUCCCUUUCAAGCCCUGAUAUCUUUGACUCCCCAAGUCCCGAAGAAGAUAAAGAGGAACACGUUUCACUUGGACACAGAGGAGUGGAAGCAUCAAAGAAAACUUCAAAGACUGUUACCAUAUCCCAAGUGUCAGACAACAAGGCGUCCCUGCCGCCCAAGCCAGGGACCAUGGCUGCAGGUGGUGGUGGCGGGCCAGCCUCUCUGUCCUCGGCAACAUCCUCCCCCCUGUCAUCCUCUUUGGGAACAGCCGGACACAGAGCCAACUCCCCGUCUCUGUUUGGCUCGGAAGGAAAACCAAAGACGGAGCCUGCGGCCAGCAGCCAGGCGGCCGUGGAGGAGCUAAGGACGCAGGUCCGCGAGCUGAGGAGCAUCAUCGAGACUAUGAAGGACCAGCAGAAACGAGAGAUUAAGCAAUUACUGUCAGAGUUGGAUGAAGAGAAGAAAAUCCGGCUUCGGUUGCAGAUGGAAGUUAAUGACAUAAAGAAAACUCUUCAAUCAAAAUGAAUACUUGAUAAAUGAAAUGUCACAUUAUUCAUCCUGAGUCUGAGACUCAAAUUUUCCGCCCCAGCCAAAAUAACCUUGUGCCAAAAGAUUAAAGGUUUGCCUCAACAUGUCCCUGUUUGCAAGAUUAGCACAAAAGUCUUGAUAGCACAACACAAAUUCCAUCCAAGAGGAGACUCUUCCCCAUGGUAUAAUCCUGGGCAUGGCACUGGUUGUGACUUAGAGCAAAUUGUGCUAAAGGCUUUUUUUACUAUGAGAUCUCAUGCGAAACGAAAACUCAGGCAGUUUAGUCCAUAGUGGUACUAUUUUGAUGAUAUUUUCCAUUAAUAAAAUGUAAUUUCAGAUUAUUCGUUUACAAGCUUUAUAAUUUUAUGAUUUUUUUAAUCGUGUUUUGUCACAGAUUCCCCCAGUGUUUGUAUUCCACAUCGUCCAGAGCGAGCGUUCCAUUCUUUUGCUUUGGGCAGAAAGCUGCCUCGCUUUGUGUCCCCUCUAGAUUCUAUUACAUAUGCAAUUUUAGGUCCGACCCGUCCCUUCCCCUGCCAGCCAACCCGCCACCCUAAGAUAAAUUUUAGCUUAUAUAUGAUGGUAUAUUUACAAAAAGAGAAAGAGAAAACCUGGUAUUUGCAAUGAUCUGUGCCUUCUUUUUACCACCCUCUUGAUUGGAGCUUUUGUGAUGCAGCUACCAUGAUUCAAAAAACAAAACAAAACAAAAAAAAACCCAAAAAACGAAAAAAAAAAAACAAAAAACAAAAAACAACAACAACAAAAAAAAACCCCACAUUUUUUUAAAGCCACUUCUCAAAGUCCACUAGAGGCCACUGUCUUCAAAGCUUCUCUCACCUAGCCAAAGGUCCCAAGAGGAGACAGCUGUGAAGUUGGGCGUGCUCUGUGGUGCCAGCUGUGACGUUUAAGUUCUCCUAGUUGUAGGUGGUUCAUGGAACUAGAAAUGUCACCCCUGCUUGAUUUUUCAUCAGCCAAGUUAAACCCCUGCUUCCUGUCCUUUGCACCUUUUGCGUGAACAGAAUAUGCAUUAUGAAAGCAAAAAUAAAUAAACGUAAAAUGCAAUGAAAACAAGGGGGGGAAGUUGUGUUAUUUCCUGCACUGGGUCAUCCGUGUGUGCUGUUGUUGAAACUGUACUCACAUAAUGUCAUUUGCCUUGUUCUCUUGUAACCCCUUCCUCAGGUCCAAGAGAAUGGGGGCACGCUCUUGUUGAAGUGUGGCCAUUGGAUCUUUCUUGCAUUUAUGGAAUUGCUUUUUCCGUCCCCAGGAAACUGGUGUUUGCUUGUCCGCUUUAUCUCUGUAGCAAAUGAACAGCUCAGCCUUAGACUGUGUAACUGUUUCCUCAUCCUUAGCUGAAAAUAAGGGGGCAUACUGUAUUGCAAGAUUGUUUGGGGAUGGGGGGUGGGGGGUGGUCCCUUAAGGGCCCCUGAAGACGUUUCAUGUGUUUCUAAAAAAGCUGCUUUGUCUAUUUCCUGAGUUUUCGAGUGGAAGUACUAAACAUUAAUGGAUUUGCACAACCACAAAGAAUGAGAAUUGAUAACACGGAAGGAGUAAUGCAAAAAAGAAAUCACCACAUGUUAUCGAUGAUCAGAAGUAUUACAAAUAAAUGUCUUUUUCUUCGUCUCUCCCUUCCCCCGCCUUCCUCUUGCCGACAUACUCAUCCUUGCUGCUUGAGGCUGCGACUUCCUCCAGAGUACUGUCCGUACGGAGCCCAGACACCCUGGUCUUCCGGGGCGGGGGCGCAAUUAAGGGAAGGGAGCACGUAGAGAAAGAAACCUCCCAUCCUACAUUCCCAUGCCUGGACAUGUUGCCUUUUCAGCAGCCUUGCCCGCAGUGUGCUGGGGGCUGGGAGCACCAAGCUUCCAAGGGCGGCAUAAAACAUUCCUGAACCCCUUGACUCUUCUACGCAUUUCUACAUUAAACUUAACGCCUUGAGAGAUUUCCCACCGCCUAAUAGAAGAAUGAGGAUUGAAUUCUUUGAUGUUUGGAUUUCUCCUUUACUCAUCAUGAAAAUCCCUAACGAUAUAGUUUUAUAUGAUGUGUACACAGAGUAGGAUUGUUAAUAAUUAAAUUGAGAGGUUGGAGCGCCCUCGUGGGGCACUAGCAACCUGGAAUGUAGAGAGCUCUCAUCUUCCCCUCGCGGAAGCCACUGGCUUUCUUUGUACAAGGAGAGGGAGAAGUCAUUCUAGAAGGAGGAGGUGGCAUAUUUAACGUCGUUACUGCCCCUUGGGCUAACCAGCAAGAGGAUUCUACAUUUUGGAACGGACGAGCCACUGCCUGAGCAGCCUCCAUCUUUACUCUUUACAAAAUGGACCCGUCGAGAAUAUUGAAAAGCUUGGAAGGAUCGUUUUUGAAGAAAUUCUUUUGCAUUCAGCAUGGACUCGACCAGCAUCUAUGGAGAUUAUUUUUUUGCUUCAUUUUCUAAAAUUGUAUUUAGAAAAGUCUUAAGUAUUGUGCUUUGUAAAGAAGAUGAUUAAAAUGAAAUUUUGUGAAAAUA